CGAACAAAACACCCGAAGCACCCCACUGUGAUGGUCUCUGUCUGACUGACGACCACCGUCAGCUCGUGCAGCACCCAGCUCAUCAUCGAAAGUAGUUUUCCAGUUUUUUUUAGUUCUUUUCCUCAUUUUCCCGGCGUUUUCCUUCGAUUUUCCAGCUCAGGGCAGUCCAACAUCGCCACUGAGAGUUGCGUUCCUUCUUCACCCCGAAUCCCCCUCGCGGGGCAAAAGAUCUCGGUUGUGCUACGGAAGAAGAUAGCAAGCCGCCGCCGCAAGGAAUGGCGGCUUCGAACGGCGGAAGUGCGGCUCCCGCUGGGCACCAGAGCUUCGAGCAGUUCAUAUCGCAGUUUUCCGCUCGGACUUCGCUCCAGGAACCGUCCAGUUCUGGUUCCGGACGGCUGCGGUUCGGUGCAGAUGACGGAAGCUCAAGUUUGAAACCAACGGCGGCGGAGUUUGUACCCCGCUGGCAGAGACAGGAACCACAGGAGAACGGCCGAAGCGGUGGCGUGGAAGGUCAUCACCAGCCUAACAAUGGCGAAAGAUCGACCGGCGCCAUUCGAAAGCAGCAGUAUGAUCGACCGCGGUGGAACAACAACGGUCGCAAAAAUAAUCGCAACGGAGAUCGUAAUGGAUUUGGGGCGCGCGGAGGACGAGGACGUGGCGGUGGUUUCAACGAUUCACGGCCACCAGCACCGAGGGAGCACGGUGGGGAGGACGGUGAGCACGAUGAGCCACCGAGGGAAUCCGAUCGGCCUCGUAGAUCACAGCAACUACCUCAACAACAGAAUGGAAGAUGGAAGGGAAACGCUGGAGCGGGAGGUGGAGGAGGAGGAGGAGGAGGACGAUUCCGUAACAACGGUCGUCAGGGUCAGAGGCCGCCAGAGCAAGAGCGCAGCGAAGCUCAGAUGAACGGUGGCAACCAUUAUCAAAGUAACGGAUUUAAAAGUUCGGAUGUAAAGGAGCGGAAACAGAGCGGAUAUCAACGGAAUCGGGCCCGCCAGGAAAAGCUAGAAGCGAAGAUCAUCUCCAAGUGCUCGCAGCGCGAGAAACUCAUCCGGGAGCUGGAUUCCUCCAAGUUGGAGUGCCUCGUUUGUUGCGAUCUGGUGCGGCCAGCGCAGCCGGUUUGGUCUUGUCCGAACUGUUACCAUAUUUUGCAUCUGAACUGCACGACCAAAUGGGCCAGCAGUUCCCAAUCCGACGAUGGUUGGAGAUGCCCGGCGUGUCAGAACGUGUCCAAGAAAAUUCCCAGGGAGUACUAUUGCUUCUGUGGGAAGCAAAGGAAUCCUCAAUACAAUCGAAGCGAUGUUGCCCAUUCCUGUGGGGAACUUUGUGGCCGGGAGGAUCUUUGUGAGCAUUCGUGUACUCUGUUGUGCCACCCGGGGCCGUGUCCACCGUGUCAAGCGAUGGUCCAGCGGAGCUGCGGAUGUGGAAGAACCACCAAACCGAUGCAGUGCAGCCAGAAGGAUGAGAUUCUAUGCGAGGCUACCUGUGGAAACCCCCUGAACUGCGGAAUUCAUACCUGUCAGAGAAAGUGCCACUGUGGCACGUGUGAAGAAUGUGAGGAAACCCUGGAGCAUGAGUGUCAUUGUGGAAAGGAGAAGAAACAGGUGGCUUGUACGGUCGAUAACUUAGACAAAACUCGGUUCUGUUGUGAAGCCGUUUGUAAUGCCGAACUUGGUUGCGGGAAUCACAACUGUGCGAAACAUUGCCACCCGGGGCCUUGUGGUCAAUGUUCGCUUUCGCCUGAAUUUAUUACGUCCUGUCCUUGUGGCAAACAAGCAAUCAUCAAAGGAGAACGAGAAUCCUGCUUGGAUCCGAUCCCGGUAUGCAAGGCCGUUUGUGGAAAGCAACUGCUCUGUGGUCCUCCGGGUGCCCACCACGUGUGCAUUGCCAAGUGCCACCUCGGAGAAUGCCCACCGUGCAACAAAUCAACCGUCGUCAAGUGUCGCUGCGGCCACAUGGAUCAGCAGAUGAAGUGCAAACAGCUUCAGACCCGUGCCGAUGACGCGCGGUGCAAAAAACGCUGCAAUCGGAUGCGAAGUUGCGCCAAACACAAGUGCAACCAGGAAUGUUGCAUCGAUUUUGACCACAUCUGCACCAAGACCUGCUCUCAGAUGUUGUCCUGCGGUCGGCAUCGUUGCGACAAACCGUGUCACAAAGGUUCCUGCCCGGUUUGCCAUCGCGUCUCGUUCGAUGAGCUAACCUGCGAGUGUGGAGCGAGCGUUAUCUAUCCACCAGUGCCUUGCGGAACAAAGAAACCUCAUUGCGAUAAACCCUGCUCUCGGCAGCACACAUGCUCCCACCCGGUCCUGCACAACUGUCACUCGGAUCCCAACUGUCCACCGUGCGUUGUCCUCACCACCCAGUACUGCUACGGCAAACACGAACAACGAAAAACAAUUCCGUGCUUCCAGAGCUCGUUCAGUUGUGGCCUUGCAUGCGCCAAACCACUGCCCUGCGGUCGCCACAAGUGUAUCCGACCGUGCCACGAAAACGAAUGCAUCACCGUCGAAGGGGAAAUCUGCAAACAACACUGCACCGUCCCACGGUCGACCUGCACCCACCAAUGCAAGGCUCCCUGUCACGAUGGAGACUGCCCACCGGAUCUGCCCUGCCGGGAAAUGGUCGAAGUUACCUGCGAGUGUGGUCACCGAAAGCAGAUGCGCACAUGUCACGAUUUUAACCGGGAUUACAGGCGGUUCGCCUCGGCGCAGCUGGCCUCAUCCAUGCAGGAGGUGCAACGCGGCGGUUCGGUCGAGCUGAGUGACAUCCUCGGAUCCGGCAAGCCAAAGAGCAACAAAACUCUGGAGUGCAGUGACGAGUGCCGUCUGCUAGAACGUAACCGUCGGCUCGCCAUCGGACUCCAGAUCCGCAACCCGGACCUGUCGUCCAAGCUGCAGCCCAACUAUUCGGACUUCCUCAAGACCUUUGCCAAGAAGGACCCCGCUCUGGUCAAGAUGAUCCACGAGAAGCUCACCGAACUGGUGAAGCUGGCCAAGGAGAGCAAACACACGCGCAGCCACUCGUUCCCGGUGAUGAACCGGGAGAAGCGUCGCGUCGUGCACGAGAUGAGCGCCAUGUUCGGCGUCGAAUCGAUAGCCUACGAUGCCGAACCGAACCGCAACGUGGUGGCCACAGCCGAUCGUUUCAAGACUUGGCUGCCCAGCAUGAGCCUGAUGGAGGUUCUCCAACGCGAGAGCGGUCAACGGCGUGUGGUGGUUCCGAAUUUGAAUGCCUGGGGCAGAACGUCUGCCAGCAGUAACGCCAGUGCUAGCAAGUGAAUGAACCACAAGAAAAAAAAAACAUAAAAAAAUUGAUCGAUUUUUGCCCAAUUUAAAUUAUUUUUCAUUUUUAUUUUUCUCUAAUUUCAAAUGCUUCUUCUGCUAUUCAUUUAUUACUUCUUAUCUUAUCUGUAUCUUGUCUUUUUCAAUUUUUCUUAGAUUAUUUGCUCCACAUUUGGAGGUCCAAUUUCUCAUCGUAUUCAGACAUUUUUGCAUACCUAUUUAUACGAAAACGAAGAUUCUAAAAUUUUAAGUCAAUAUACAGUCCAUUCCGGGUAAA